AUGCCAAUCCUCGGCAUUGGUGUCGAUAUUUUGCACCUUCCUCGUCUCAUCAGUCUAUUGAGUCGAAGGGGAUCCGAAGCAUUUGCCACGAGAAUUUUAAGCUCCCAGGAAUUACGAACAUUCCAGUUGCUCGCAGAACAGCAUGGAGAAGAUGAGACCAAAAGGAUUGCACAGUUUUUGGGUGUGCGAUGGGCGGUGAAAGAAGCUGCGUACAAAGCAUUGUAUCCCAUCCGCCCUACCUGGAAGGAGGUAACAUACUUGUCAUUCAAUGGAACCACUGGCGUAAAACCAACACUUGUUCACCAUCCCGUACGCGAUGAUGUCGGACCAGCGAAUAAAUUGCAUGUUUCAGUGAGCCACGACGGAGAUUAUGUCUACGCACAGGUUAUCGCAGAGUCGACGUGA